AUGUCAUCAUCAAAACCACUCAAGUUUCCGUGGAAAGCAAACAAAGAAACGAUCAUCACCGAGUACAACUCUGCGAACGCAAAAUGCAGGAAGCACCGCGAGAAAGCACCUCACCAAAGCAUGGUUUUCACAAAAACCACUGCCACUGACUGGAAAACAUUCACUGCAAUCGUUGACGCCCCUCAUGACGACAACGUUACACCAGAUGACGCUCAGAUUCUGCACCUGAGAAUGGUCGUCACCAGCACAGAGCUCCGGAAGAGUAGAAACGCAUACGACGCCAUGGCAGCGAUGAAAAUAUCGCGCGUCCCACAUGGGAAGCCCCCAGUUGCCUAUGCCCACGGCGUCUUGUGGCUUUACAUGAUCGGAAGCUAUGUUCUACUUGGAGAUGGAAUCUCCAAACACGUCCCUUGGAUGUUGGGUGAUAACCGGGCAUCUGAUUAUAAAGUCAUCAAGAUUGGGCACGUCACUGUGCCAGCGGGGCUCAAGAGGUCCGAUUUUGAUAUCGUUGAGGAUGUGACCCGUCAUGACGGGAAAACCGCUGACAAAUCUGCCAUUUCAGGCCACAAACAUGGAGCCUCGCCCGCCAAAGCCACCCCCAGCGUGCCCAAGGGACAGAAAUCGACCAAAGACACCAUUGCGGUGCCCGGCAGCUCCAAGGCACAGAAGGCAGGGAAAUCUUCAUCCCGAGACUCCUCUCGCGAGAGGAAGAAGCCCAAAAUCCUAACUGACGAUGAGAUGCUUGAUCUCCUGCGGAAGGUCGCCCUUGAAGGCAUAAAGUGCAAGAUGAACCCACUGUUCAAUCUCGACCAAGCGAUGGUGAACGAAUACCACGCACGGACUGCCACAAAAGAAGACCAACCUAUGGUCCGAGCACUGUACAAAGCCUCCGCAGUGCAAGCUAUCAUUAUGGAAAAAGUGAACGAUUCUCCUGCAAGGGGCCGCAAAUUGAUUGCGGAGCUGGAGUCCGGUAGCCUGGCAAAAGAAUUCACUCUUUUUGUUGGGCACUCCCGAAAUCUGUGGUCAGAAAUUCGCAACAGAGCAUUUGAAAACCUUCGUGCGGCUGUCAUUGCUCAUCACCUCCUGGUAUCGCUUCAGAUACCGAGUCUCCCCGCCAUGGAAGUGCUGAAACAGACAUGCAUCCCCGACAUCACACUCUUUGUAUGUAUUCCCAGGCAUACACCAUGGAUUGACUACGGUGUCUCAACUGAAAUGAAGGGAUUUGACAGCACGGACCCCGAAACAUGA